CCCGGGUCGGGGGCCGCGCGCUGCGACGGGCGGGACGCGGCGGCCGGGGCAGCCGGGCCGGGGCAGCCCGGCACCAUGCCGCCCUUCCGGCAGGUGGGGCAGAAGCAGCUGCCGCAGGAGGUCGUCUUCAUGGCCUGGUCCCCGAAAAGGGACCUUAUCGCCCUGGCCAACAGAGCGGGGGAGGUUUUACUUCAUCGGCUUGCAAAUUUCCAACGAGUGUGGAGUUUGCCUCCAAAUGAAAAUACAGGGAAAGAAGUGACUGCUCUUGCUUGGAGACCAGAUGGCAAAAUUUUGGCUUUUGGCCUCACUGAUACCAAGCGGAUUAUUUUGUGUGAUGUAGAAAAGCCUGAAAGUUUGCACUCCUUCUCUGUGGACUCAUCUAUUACAUACAUGCAUUGGAUGGAGGUAACUGAGGAAAGCAGUGUUCUCACUUCCUUUUACAAUGCUGAGGAUGAAUCUAAUGUCCUGUUGCCUAAAUUGCCAGCACUACCAAAAAAUUACAGUACCACUGCAAAAAUUUUCAGUGAAGAAAAGUCAGAUGAGAUUAUGAAGCUUCUGGGUGAUGUCAGGCUUAAUGCGCUUGUCCUUGGUGGCAGCUCGGGAUUUAUUGAGAUUUAUGCUUAUGGAAUGUUCAAGAUUGCUACAGUAACUGAAGUGGCAGGUUCUUGUCGUGGACUAUGUUUGUCUAGUGAUUUGAAAUCACUGUCAGUUAUUACAGAGAUACGAGACUCUUCAGACAGCGAAGCAGAGAUAAAAUAUUUUCAGCUGGACACUAGUCUGUUAUCAAGUUACUUACCUGAGGUAACUCGAAUGGCCCGGAAGUUUACUCACAUUUCAACUCUGUUACAGUAUAUAAAGUUGUCUUUGACGUGCAUGUGUGAAGCGUGGGAGGAAAUACUGAUGCAGAUGGACUCACGGCUAACAAAGUUUGUACAGGAAAAGAAUACAACCACUUCUGUUCAGGAUGAGUUUAUGCAGCUGUUGUUAUGGGGCAAAGCAAGUCUGGAACUUCAGGCAUUACUAAUGAACCAAUUGACGGUUAAGGGUUUAAAAAAACUUGGUCAGUCCAUAGAGUCUUCUUAUUCCAGUAUACAAAAGUUGGUUAUAAGUCAUUUGCAGAGUGGCUCUGAGGCACUGUUAUACCACUUGAGUGAAUUGAAAGGAAUGGCUUUAUGGAAACAAAAAUAUGAAUCUCUGGGUUUAGAUGCGUCUGGAAUCGAAGAGGCUAUUACUGCUGUUGGGUCUUUCAUCCUGAAAGCAAAUGAGCUGCUUCAAGUUAUCGACAGCAGUAUGAAAAACUUCAAGGCAUUUUUUCGAUGGCUGUAUGUUGGCAUGCUGAGGAUGUCAGAAGAUCAUGUGCUUCCUGAGCUGAACAAGAUGACUCAAAAAGAUAUCACAUUUGUUGCUGAUUUUCUUACUGAACACUUCAAUGAGGCACCAGAACUUUACAAUCGUAAAGGAAAAUACUUCAAUGUGGAGAGAGUUGGCCAGUACUUAAAAGAUGAAGAUGAUGACCUUGUAUCUCCACCUAAUACAGAGGGAAACCAGUGGUUUAACUUUCUCAAGAAUAGUACUCAUCUUAAAGAGAGUCCACUUUUGUUUCCCUACUAUCCUGAGAAAUCACUGCAUUUUGUCAAAAGGCAGAUGGAAGGGGUCAUUGACCGGUGUUUACAAAAGCCAGCAGACAUAAUUGGUAAAUCAGUGCAUCAAGCAGUCUGCGUGUCUCUUUACAAAACUUCUCAAAGUGAAGACUCGACACCUCAAUUAUUUAAACUACCAUUUUUGUGGAAUGACAAAACAACCAAUAUACAUUAUGUUCUCUUCACCAUAUUAGAAAAUUCUAUUUCUAAAAUAUACAUUUUGAGGAGACAUUCUGAUACUUCCAGGUCUGUCAGUAAUGGAAUUCUUGCAGUAGAGUUUGGAAACUUCUUGAACAACAGUAUAAAUGAGAGCUCAGACUCCAAAUGCUACAGUUGUUUAGAUGCACACUUCUAUGAUGAUGAAACCAUAACUGUAGUUCUGAAGGAGAGUGUGGAACAAGAGGGGAAGGAGAGAAUCUUGGCUCAGCUGCCUUUAUCUUCAGUAUAUACAGAUGAGGACCCAGACAGGGAAUUCAUUUGGGAUUCUACUAAAAGGCUGGAUGAGCAAAGUGGUGAGAUAACCACACGUACUGUCUUUUUGGAGAAUCAGUGGAGAGUGCUGGAGAAUAUGAAAGCUCAGUAUGUUGCUGUAAAUGGUAUUAGAAAAGUUUCCUGUGUGCUAAGUUCGAAUCUCCGUCAUGUGAGGGUGUUUGAGAUGGAUGUAGAGGAUGAUGGGGAAGAAGAGGAAGAAGAAACAACUCAGGUUGCAGCUGGGGAACCAGAUGAACUAAAUCAGACUGCGUAUAACCAGGACAAUGUGUGUGGUGCAUCUGCUGAAGAACUACCUGAUGAAACAGAAGAACAUGAACCUAGUUUGGAUCCUUGAUGUAGGCUUUUAUACUGGUAAAGAACAAGACUAUAAUUUAACUGCAUGCUGCUGAGAUGACAGAUCCUGUACCUACUCAAGCAGCUGUAGUAGGAUGUUGUGUGUCAGCAUUCUGUACUGCUUCUCACCUCAGAUUGUUCUAGAGUAUGUUUAUUUGCCCCUUUUUUUUGACUGACACAUUAUUUGAUAACUUUUUCAUUUGCAAUUUUUAAUAGGUAUGGAGAAAAAAAAUAUCUACUGAUGUUUAUGUGGUUCAGCCCUGUUCAGCCCUGAAUUCUGUUAUUAAGAUAAAAUGAACUUGUAUGUGACAACAACAAAACUUGGAACUGAAUUGUUUUAUUCUCAGAUUUUGUGUUCUAGUCAUGGGUACAGAAGCUUCCUGUAGAGCCAACAUUUAAGAGUAUGUUUGGCCAAUAAGAAGCUUGUGGUUUCAGCAUAAGACUAGUUAGAAGACAAAAUUUAACAGUAUUUACUUAAAUACAUGCUUCUAAAUACUCUUUAAGUAACAUCUAUACUCAGUGACAGAGUAUUUCAAUCUGUGUGGUUCUUUAGUCCUCAGUGCAACAUUUGUGGAUGUUUUCUCAAAUGUUUGCAUCUCUCAGCCAGCCUAGUUUCUGUGAGAUUGUUCCUGAAAGUCUGUCUUCUCUAUCUGAUAGUUUUGUAAUUAAAAGUUACAACAGACUGUGUAUAAUUUAUUUAAUUAUUCUGAUGUGGCAUUGUGUACCACCCAUUGGUUUCAGUGUAAUCAUGUUCCUUGCUAAUUUUUAUGUUGCUCCAGGAAUGGCAUAGUGCUAAGCAGUAGAAGCUAGAAACAGUGCUUAGAAAUCUAAAAUAUUUAUUCUUCCCUACUAGCUGUCAGAGUCUUUACUGACUUAAAACUCAGCUCUUUGAAUGAACAAUGUUGCUAAAUGUGUAAUUUUCCUUCAGAACAGUGAGCGUACCUUGUAAUUGUGAAGAGGACCAGGUCUUAUGCAUGUGCUCCAUUCUGUACAAAACUAAACAAAUUUUUUGUAAUUGCUAAUUGGCAUUGCAAAAAUCAAAUAGUAGAUUUAUCCUUUUUUUUUUUUAAUAUAUAUGCCAUUUUUAAGUAACUGGUUUUUAAAGUGGACUUUUGAAGGUUUUGGACUGUUUGGGGGAGACUGUUGUAAACAAAUUUGUUUAAUUUUGAGACUGAUUUUUUCCCUUCCUUACUAACUUCCUUGAAAACUGCUUGCUGUUAAGCAUUCUCAUCUAACAUGCUAAGGGUUGAAGGCAAAAUGAAGCUGUAGGAGAUAUGGGGCAGAAAUGCCCAUUCAGAAGUGCUUUGGAUUUUCUGUGUAGAGCAGUUACACUUCAUGAGAAAUUGCUGCUAUAAGAGAACCUAUUCAGCUUAAGCUUGGCCUUCUGUUCUUCCAGGAAGCUUUUGCUUCUGACCUAACUUUAAGAAUUGUCACACUAGAAUACUUCGAAACAGUUGAUUUGCUGUGCUUUCUGCUGAGUAGUUUUAGACCAUGUGUAUGUGGAAAUCUGAUCUCUCCUGUCCAUAAUUGUUUGUAUAUUUGUGUUAGUAUCAGGUGUGCCCCGUGCCACAGGGGCAUGCCCUGCAGAAAUCUCCCUUGCGGUUAUUCUGUGUGUCUUUUGAGUCAGUGGGAGUUCUGUUUCUGGUGUGGAUAAGUACAUGUGCACAUUCUACAUUUCACAAUGACAUAUAUAAAGGCACUAGUUUAGGUCAGUGCUUCUGAAUGCAUUGCUGAUUCCUUCUGUCAAACUUAUUUUUAUUUUGCUACCAGAUUUCUGUAGUAAUAAAGGUAUCAGUAAUGUGCUUAUACAUCUGUUUUCUAAAGGGUGAUAGGAAGUACUUGAUUUAGAAGCUUUUCAGGAUUUUGGUGGAGUCUGGACAUGAUCUUGCUUGUCAUUUUGAUCCCUCCAUUGCCCUUUUUAAUGCUGAGGGCAUAUUCAACCUUUUUUCUGCUGUGUUCUCAUUGUUCUUAUUCUUUCUUGAUAGUUUUGUAGUCAAAAAGAACUCUUAUAUUCUCAGCAAGUGUGCACACAAUCCACUCUUCGUAAUACUAAUCUUUAGGUCUCUGAGAAUAAUGUACUGCUGCCUUUUUUUUUUUUAAUACCUACCUGUUUUGUAUGUGGGAUUUCUAGGUUUUUUUUUUAAAUAUCUUGGGCAGCUUUUUUUUUUUUUCUGCUGUUUGCCUUGUUUAAUCCCUUUAACAGACUUUUUGUCCAUGCCUUUUCUGCCUGACCUGCAUAACUUAAACACUUGUCACAUUGCCACGUUUCUGCCUCGGUUUGUCACGAGUGAGUGCUGCUUUGCUUUCCAACCUGGGCAUGCUGUGCUAUCAUUGCCUCCCACUUACAUGGAUUUCAUUGCAUGCUCACAUCUGCCUUCAUAAACGACCACUUCAGCUGCUCAGAAAGAUAUGACAUAGAUGAAGAGGAAGAGGGAAUAAAAGCUUGCUUUAGGUAGCUGUUUGUUUUUUGCAGAGGGGAGAGGAGAUGUGUAUUUUUGUAACAAUACCUACAGUUGGUUCUAAUGCUCCACUUUGAAAAACCUACUUAAAAAUCUUUAAGCCUACAUGUGAACCCUGACAGAAUGGGAAAGCCAUCUACAUAAUAAAGUUAUUUCAGUAGUCUGUUUUAA